UUUCUCAAGUUGUGCAAGAAAUACUCACUUUUUCGCAAUUUUUUUGACUUAUAUAUAUACCUCACAUUGCAGACAUCUACUAAAAAUACAGCAUUAUAAGGGUUAAGUUCAUCUACAGAAUAAAAUCUAUCAAAAUGCGGCUCGUAGAUUCAAAGAAACUUUUAGAACUUCAAAACAAUCCAUCAAAUAUUCGUAAUAUUUGCAUUGUGGCUCACGUGGACCAUGGUAAAACCACACUAGCAGACUCCUUGAUAUCCAGUAAUGGAAUUAUAUCCCAGAGAAUGUCCGGAAAACUUCGAUAUAUGGACAGCAGGCCAGAUGAACAACAACGAGGCAUAACUAUGAAAAGUAGCAGUAUAUCGCUGUAUCACGCUAUGAAUCAAGAAGAAUACCUGGUGAACCUCAUAGACUCGCCGGGGCACAUUGACUUUUCAAGUGAAGUUUCCACUGCUGUAAGGCUUUGCGAUGGAGCCAUUGUUGUUGUUGAUGUUGUUGAAGGGGUGUGCCCACAAACAAGGCUUGUACUCAAACAAGCUUACUCUGAAAACAUUCGACCAGUGCUCGUCCUCAAUAAAAUUGAUAGACUCAUUGUUGAAAUGCAACUCACACCUCUGGAUGCAUACGUACAUUUGACGCAAGUACUAGAACAAGUUAAUGCAGUUGUGGGAGAGUUGUUCACCACUGAGGUAUUUGAAAAUGAAGAAGCCAGUAUGGAGAAAAAGGAAAAAGAGGCAUUGAAUAAAGAAGACAACAACUUCUAUGACUGGACUUCUGCUUUAGAAGAAGCUGAUGAUUCACACCUGUACUUCUCUCCAGAUCAAGGAAAUGUUGUAUUUGCAAGUGCUGUCGAUGGUUGGGGCUUUACAACUCUAACCUUUGCUAAACUGUUCUCUGAUAAACUUGGUGUAAAGGAGGAAAUUCUGAAGAAAGUUCUAUGGGGUGAUUUUUAUUUGAACACAAAGACUAAACGGUUCAUGAAAGGUGCCCAAGAAAAAGCUAAAAAACCACUUUUUGUUCAAGUAAUUUUAGAUAACUUAUGGAAUGUUUAUGAAACUGUUGUAAUGAGGCAUGAGAAAGACAAAGUGCCUGUGAUCUGUGAAAAACUGGGAAUCAAGCUCACUGCUAGAGAUUUAAGACACACAGAUUCUCGAGUCCAAUUACAAUCUUUGAUGGUCCAAUGGCUGCCAUUGUCUCAUACAAUUUUAAAUAUGGUAUGUGAAAAAUUACCAUCUCCGAAAGAAAUAUUACCAGAAAAAGUGGAGAGACUCAUGUGUUCAAGAAUAAGAGAUUUUGAUUCUUUCAAUAUAGAAACACAGAAAUUAAAAGAAGACUUUUUAGCCUGUGAUAGUAAUGAGAAUAGACCUAUAAUUAUUUUUAUAUCUAAAAUGUUUAGUUUUGAUAAAAGUGCUCUACCAGAAAAUAGGCCUAAAGCAUUGACUUCCGAAGAAAUGGCUUUAAGAAGAGAAAAAGCAAGGCAAUUGCGUGAAGAGUUAAAACAGAAUAACGCUAAUAUAAAUAGGCAAUCAGAAGAAAAGUCACCACAUGAGGAACAAGAGAAAAGUGCUGAAGAUGAGAAUGAAAAAGAAAAAGUGACAUUUAUUGCUUUUGCUAGAAUUUUUAGUGGGAAAGUUAAGAAAGGUGAUAGAGUAUAUGUCUUAGGCCCCAAGCAUGAUCCCUCUAAAAUUCUUAAUUGUAACAUUAAAAUAGAUACAAAUAAAAAGUUAAAAGAUUUACAAAGCGAUGAACACAUAACUUGUGCAGAAAUCAAAUCAUUAUACAUUUUGAUGGGAAGAGAACUAGAAGACAUCGAUGAAGCUGUUGCUGGUAACAUUAUUGGAAUCGGCGGCCUAGAGGAGCAUGUACUAAAGACGGCAACUCUGAGCAGCACAGUAGCUUGUCCGGCUUUUAGCGAGAUGCAAUACUCAGUGGUACCGAUUUUAAGAGUAGCGAUAGAGCCUACUAAUCCGUCACAGUUGCCUCAACUAGUGAAAGGUUUAAAACUGUUAAAUCAAUCUGAUUCGUGCGUACAAGUUUUAUUACAAGAGACUGGAGAGCAUGUACUAGUCACCGCCGGGGAAGUUCAUCUUGAAAGAUGCUUAGAAGAUUUAAGGACUAAUUACGCAAACAUCCCGAUAACAGUUUCCGAACCAAUCGUACCGUUCAGGGAAACAAUAGUGGAACCACCGAAGAUGGAUAUGGCCAAUGAAGAGAUCGCCUCGCAGAAUGUAGACAAGAGCAACACAAAGUUGGAAGAUCCAAUAAUAACAAUAUACACAAAUAACAAGCAAAGCAAAAUCAAGAUUCGAGCGAAACCCAUUCCAAUCGAAAUAACGAAAUUGUUAGACAGAUCUGCGGACUUACUAAAAGCCAUUUCGCAACAUAUAAAGACUUUGCAAACGUUAUCAAUGAACGACAAGUUGGAUAACAAAAUGGAAGGCCUAUAUUUGAAUGGCACCAAACAUAAACUGUCCGAACGUAUGCUGAAACUUAUCGAGACUUUUAAAGAGGAUUUACAAAGUAUUUGCUCCAAGCUGGGCCCGGAUUGGAAGGACCUUGUAAACCAGAUAUGGUCUGUCGGGCCCAGGAACUGUGGGCCAAACAUGCUGCUGAACCAUACUGCAGAUUAUUGCACAAAAUAUUUGCAUCACGAAAAAGAGAUAAGAGAAGACCCGAGAUUUGAAUACGAGGGUAGUUUUGUAAAUGGCUUCCAAUUGGCGACUUUGGCCGGGCCCCUGUGCGAUGAGCCGAUGAUGGGUGUGGCCUUUUGUAUCGAAGAAUGGACGUUAGAGAAAUCAUUCAGUGACGACAUAUCGCAAACAUUUGGACCUUUAUCAGGUCAAAUAGUAUCAGCAGUAAAGGAGGGCUGCAGAAAAGCUUUCCAAGUGCAACCACAGAGGCUGAUGGCGGCCAUGUACUCUUGCGAUAUAGCCGUCGACCAGAAAGUUUUAGGUAAACUGUACGCUGCUCUUGGUCGCCGCGGUGGGCGUGUAGUAGGCAGCGACUUACAAAGCGGCUCAGCAUCCUUCAGGGUCCAAGCGUUGUUGCCAGUAGCCGAGAGCUUCAAAUUUGCUCUCGAACUUAGAACCCAUACUUCGGGUCUGGCCGCACCUCAAAUGUUGUUCAGUCAUUGGGAGGUAAUCGACAUAGAUCCGUUUUGGCGGCCUUGCACCGAAGAGGAGUAUCUGCACUGGGGCGAGAAAUAUGACGGAGUGAACCGCGCUAAAGCGUACAUGGACUCCGUGCGGGCGAGGAAAGGGCUCGCUACAGACAAGCAGCUCGUACAACAUGCUGAGAAACAACGUACUCUAUCAAAAAAUAAAUAAAUGAUAUAGAUUUUUAAUUCACAAACUUAGAAUGAAUACCUACUAACAUUUCAAUGUCAUAUUCACAUGUAAAAGUGUAAAUUAAACUCCGUUAUAAAGAUUUUGGUGUAGUAAGCACUUUUCUUCAAAUUUGUUUGUCCUUUUAAUUCACAUUUUGCUUUAAAAAGUCCAUACAUUCGGUUCAUUGAAAGGUCUGGGCGUAAAUAUGAUAGUGUAUAAAAAAUGAGGUAAAUGACAUUAUAAUUUUUUAUUGUUUCUGUAUUGCACUUAGAUCGCUUUGGUUUUCCAUAAACGUUAAGAACUCAGUUGUAAAAUUGGGAUCAUAGUGAUCUAAGUGCAUCUCAUACUUAGAUCAGUGUGGCAUGUUGUGAUCCCUCAAGGAAGAAAGCGCUGAAGAGCGCAUAGAUCAGUGUGGCAUGUAAGAACUAUGGUUUUUCUAUGCCUUUGUGUAAUAACCUCAGUAUUAGCAACAAUGUCACUUAAAUCACUCUGGUUCCAACGUCGUCAUUUAUGUAUGAAUAUAAAAAAAAGGAAUUUGCAAAAACAAAACACUUUGUAUUGACGAAAACAUCGCCUAUUUGUCUUAUGGUCUCUACUCGAUGCCCUAUUCCUAUUUCCUUUUUUAAAUAGUGUAGAAA